AUGCUGCAGGCGGUGGCGAACGCGGAUCUGGAGCGGCUGGCGCGGCUGGCGUCCGUAAUGGACAACUGCGCGACGUCGCUGGCCGUGCUGUGCAAAGUGGUAUCAGCGGCUUGCCCAGAGGAGGUGAAGACCGUCCAGUACAUCAGACAGGUGCACGCGGAGGACGGGCAGGAGGCGAGGUCGGCGAUGAGGGAUGUGGCCGCGGCAGCCAUGUUCGACAUCAUCCGGCGGCAUGUCCCUCAUGGCAGCGCCCUGGCAUUCCCGCUCCGGGAAUGCGUGGCGUUGCCCAGCGCGCGUGCCAACGAGAUUCUGCAGGGGACGCCGGCGGCAUACAGCCGCGAGAAGCACGUGCCGUGCGGCAUCACGGCCAUGGAGUUCAUGCGCGGGAGCGUCCUGGGCAUCGUCGUGCAGGCCGACGCGGACGUCUUCGUGGUGGGUGCUGUCAGUGCGGCCGCAGGCGCGCACAUGGCGGCCCAGUUUUUGGAGGGCCUGGCGCAUCGCGUGGAGGUGGUGCAGGACAGCUUGCUGCUGACGGAGCGCACCGUCAGCGCGCUGUACGUCAUACCACCAGGUUGCGCUGACGCGGGACGUCGUCUUCGGGUGCAGGUGUGCCUUCGCCCGUAUUUUUCAACAUACCACGUCCUCAACAGCUUCGACUUGUGCGCCUGCAAAGUGGCGGCCCUGCCGACCGGCGCAAUCGUGGCCCAUCCACGGUUUGUGUACGGCUGCGCACGUGGACGGGUGCAGCUGGUGCUGCCGUGCCAUCGUCAACCGGCAACUGGGGCGCGCGUUGCCAAGUACUGGGUGCGCGGGUGGCUGUGCGAGGCAAUUGACGAGGCCGACGAGGGUGUGCUGCACCCGCCUGCUGGGGCGUCGGAGUCGAGCAUGGGCGGCAAUGUCGUGGUCGUCCGUCCCACGGCCUGUUCGACGACGGACCUGCUCCAGGUCGCCCUACCGCUCAUGACAUCGUGGGAGGCAGCUUCGGAUGCGGAAUGGCGUGUAGGCAAGGUGGCCAUUUUUUCCUCGUUCAGUGCAUCGCUCUUCUGGUCGAGACACCUGGUCAUGAGCUACUCGCUACGGAGUCAAGGACGCGAUCCUGGCAACACAAGCCGGACACAAACAAACGAACACGGAAAUUCUAUCUCCGCUGCCAAGCCAGAUCCUGCAAACGACGUCAACAUGCACAACCGCCUCGAUGACAACGACAACAACAAAUUCGCCAUCACCAGACAGGGCAAACAAGCGCCAAGAGAUCACGGCUGA